GUAGUGUAUAAAGAAGGGCAUUAUUGAAAUAUUGGUCCUUGUUUCCUCCAUUAAAAACCCAUAAACUCUCCACAAAAACAGAACCAACAGAGCAGAGAUUGGUUUAUUAUAAACAGGAUGACAGAAGUCAUAUUAAAUGUUGAUGAACAUUUUAUAUAUCCUGCAUCUGAGAUUAUAUGUUGUAGAAUUUGUCAUGAAGCCGAGUUCGAAAGCUGUAAAUCAUUAGAAUCUCCAUGUUCAUGUUCUGGAACCGUCAAGUUUGCGCAUAGAGAUUGCGUACAGAGAUGGUGUGAUGAGAAAGGAAACACUAAUUGCGAAAUUUGCCUCCAGAAAUUUGAACCGGGAUAUUCAGCGUCGACACCCUCCAAACAAAACCAUGAGACUGAUGUCCCUAUUCGAGAAAGAUUGGAAGUUCCUAGAACAGAUGAAAAUCUUGAAGCAGUUGUCAUUGUUGAUGAAGAAGAAACCUUGGUUGAAAGAGAACUUACAAACUGUUCAUCAGUUGCUGAUACCACUAUUUCAGUGUGGAGAAAUUUGGCUCUUAUAUUUACAAUGCUUCUACUAGCGAGACAUUUUAUUGGGGUGCUAGUUGGCGAAACAGGAGAUUACCCAUUUACCCUUUUAACAUUAAUAGUUAUAAAGACUUGUGGGAUAUUGCUUCCAAUGUACAUAAUAUUGCGAAUGAUCGAUAUGGUCCAUAACAUCAUCACACAUCAAUAUCCGGAUUUGGAACGUGGCCACAUAUAGUUGACAACUUGACAUACACAAGUACAACGAACAAGAUAACUGUCAAACUCUGAUUGGUGGCAUUGGAUAGGAUUGGCUUCAGUAUAUAGUCUUAAAUUCUUCUAACUAGGUUGCAGCCUGUUGAACCCACAAUUAGUUAUUAAAACCCUGUUAUGUUCAUCACUUGAAUCAAUAUAGAUAAGAAAAAGGGUUUAUUGCACCAUCA